AUGGGGGUGGUCCCGGCGACGGCGCCGUCACCAAAGGGACCACCCGCCAAGCAGGGCGGACAGCCCCCUGUCGUACAAGGCGGCCAGCCCUCCGCAAAGAAGGCGAAGAUCCCUCCUAAGGCCGGUGGCAACGCGCCUGGCGUGUCCACCCCCACCGCGAGGAGGGACUCGCCUCCUCCUUCGAUCCCCCCAACAUCUGGGGACGGAGGGCGCAUGGCGGACGCGAAUGAGGCGACCUGGGCGCAGGUCGUCUCAAGGGCCGCGAAAAAGGCGGCCGCCAAGGCGGCGAAGACCGAGUCGGCACCGCCACGGCCGGCGCCCAAGAGCGCGAAGAGCGCCAACGCGCCCGUGACCCACGCUUCCAACAAAAAGGGGAGCGGUGGGAAAGCGGGCGGGACGGUCAGGAAGGGGAGUAGUGCCGCGAGGCCUCAAGCUUCCGGCAAAAAGGCUCCCCUUCCUAAGCUGAGGUCGCUAAGCUCGGCGGCCAUAGUGAUCACGUGCGCUGACCCCACCAACUAUCAAGAGGUGGUGGGGAAGGCAAGAUCCUCGAUUUCCCUCAAAGAUGUGGGGAUCGAGGAUCUCCGACCCAGGAGGGCCAUAACGGGGACCCUGAUUUGGGAGGUCCGGGGCCAGGAGUGCCGCGCCAAAGCUUGCGGAGAAGCUGUCGGCCGUCUUUGCGGAACGAGAUGA